ACUGGAUUCUAUUGGCUCAGACGGUCCAGACACUUGCGCAUGCGCGAAGUGGGUCUGUGUCGUUGUCGUCGUGAGGAGGUAACAGCUCAAACGAUGUAUCACAAAAAAUGGAGACGACAAAAUGCACAAUUACGCGCAUUGGUGGAGUCUAGUGACUCAGAUGAGAAUCCAGGUCCCUCAGAUGAGAAUCCAGGUCCCUCAGAUGAGAAUCCAGGCCCCUCUUUUUCUGAUAGCCCAAAAGACAUACAGACACAGGAGCAGUCUGAUACAGGAGAAGACGAGUAUCGAGAUGAUCACCACCCGCCGGACAGUGAUGGUGAAAGUGAUUCAGAAAUUGGAACUUUGUCCGAGGAGGAAUCAAGUGAUCUAAGAAGUGAUUUGGCAAAAUGGGCUGUAAAAAAUAAGGUGUGUAAAAUUGUUCUGUGAAAUGUUGGCACACUUGCAGCCAUGUAAUAAAGCACUUUUCUUACGCCA